CAAAGGAAACUAAUCAAAACCAAUGAAUCUCUCUCUCUCUCUCUCUCUCUCUCUCUCUCUCUCUCUCUCUCUCCACCAGAUAGGGACCCAUAUCACUCUACCAAACGACAUUUCCUUCCCUCCUCAUACAAUGCCAUCCACCGAAUACUCUUCUUCCCAUCCCCACUGUUCUUCCGCCAUAUUCUGUUUUGUUUACUUCCACUUCCACACCACACUCACUUCUAUCACUUCUUUAUCAAUAUCCAUUUUCUGUUCUCAGAAUUCAGGUAAGGUGAGCCAAAUUAUCCUGCCAUGACAAACCUGGUGGUGGAGGUUCUUGAUGCCACUGACCUCAUGCCCAAAGAUGGGCAGGGAUCAGCAAGUCCAUUCGUCGAGGUCGAAUUCGAUGACCAACGUCACCGUACACAGACUAAGGUGAAAGAUCUCAACCCAUCAUGGAAUGAGAAGCUUGUGUUCAAUGUGUCAAACCCAAGAGACCUUCCCAACAAGACCAUUGAUAUAGUAGUCUACAAUGACCGCAAAGGCCACAAGAAUUUCCUUGGCAGAGUCAGGAUAUAUGGUGUCUCUGUCCCCAAUUCUGAAUCAGAAGCAUCAAUCCAACGUUACCCACUUGACAAGAGGGGCCUUUUCUCCAACAUUCGCGGCGACAUUGCUCUUAAAAUCUAUGCUGCUUAUGACAACUCCUCAUUGCCACCACAAGCCCAUGCUACUGGAGAGCCUAAUCCCCUCCAGGGAUUCCACACUGAUAAGCCAGGCGGCGAAGAUGUCAAGUCCAAUGAGAAGAAGAAGAAGAAGAAGGAGAAGGAGAAGGAGACAGAGACAAGAUCAUUCUACUCCAUUGGAACUGGUGCUCCUCCACCUCCUGGUCCUCCGCCAUUGUUCUCUGCCUUUGGGAUUGAUUCACAACAAAUGAAGGACAAACCAGUGGAAACCAGGACUGAUUAUGGUCGUGCAGCUCAACCUGCUUCUCAAGCUACUGUAAUGCAUAUGCAAUUUCCUAGACAGAAUCCUGAAUUCAACAUAGUGGAGACUAGGCCACCGGUUGCAGCCCGAUUGCGAUACAAGGGUGGCGACAGGACUAUGGGCACGUAUGAUCUCGUUGAGCAGAUGCACUACUUGUAUGUCAAUGUAGUCAAGGCUAAAGAUCUCCCUUCCAUGGAUGUAACCGGGAGUCUUGAUCCAUAUGUCGAAGUGAAGCUUGGGAAUUACAAAGCAAUAACCAAACACCUAGAGAAGAACCAGAAUCCAGUGUGGAGGCAAGUCUUUGCUUUCUCAAAGGAUAGGUUGCAGUCUAAUUUGCUUGAGAUUGUGGUGAAGGAUAAGGAUAUUGGGAAGGAUGAUUUCGUGGGCAGAGUCUUCUUCGAUCUUUUGGAGGUUCCCCUUCGAGUCCCGCCGGACAGUCCAUUGGCGCCACAAUGGUAUAAAUUGGAAGACAAGAAGGGGAAGAAGGCCAGAGGAGAGGUCAUGCUUGCGGUGUGGAUGGGUACACAGGCUGAUGAGGCAUUCCCUGAAGCUUGGCACUCUGAUGCUCAUUCCCUCAAUCCUGAGAACCUCUCUACCACUCGGUCACAGGUUUACUUCUCACCCAAGCUCUGUUACCUUCGUGUCAAUGUUAUUGAAGCUCAGGACCUUGUACCUUCUGAUAAAGGUAGGGUUCCUGAUACUUAUGUGAAGAUACAAUUGGGGAACCAAAUUAGAAUCACUAGGCCUUCACCGAUGCGGUCUAUGAAUCCAGUAUGGAAUGAUGAGCUCAUGUUUGUAGUUUCAGAGCCAUUGGAUGAGUUCAUGAUCAUCACAAUUGAUGAUAAAAUUGGACCUGAAAAAGAUGAGAUCUUAGGGAGACUAAUUCUUCCUGUUUCAGUUGCUGGCCAGAGAUUAGACCCCCAUAAGCUUCCCAGUGCUCGUUGGUUCAAUCUUGAAAAGCCUUCUCCUACUGAAGAAGCCAUUGCUGUUGCUGAGAAGAAGAAAGAACCAAAAUUCUCAAGCAAAAUUCAACUCAGGCUCUGCUUAGAUACUGGUUAUCAUGUCCUCGAUGAGUCCACACAUUUUAGUAGUGAUCUUCAGCCAUCAGCAAAAUACCUCAGGAAGCCAAGCAUUGGACUUUUGGAACUAGGCAUCUUAAGUGCUAAAAACCUGCUACCAAUGAAGACCAAGAAUGGGAGGACGACGGAUGCUUACUGUGUUGCCAAGUAUGGGAACAAGUGGAUUAGGACUCGUACUCUUCUCGACACUCUGCAUCCUCGGUGGAACGAGCAGUACACCUGGGAGGUCUACGAUCCAUGCACAGUCAUCACCAUCGGUGUUUUUGACAAUUGCCACAUCAAUGGAAGCAUAGAUGAAGCCAGGGAUCAAAGAAUUGGAAAGGUGAGAAUUCGAUUGUCGACAUUGGAAACUGAUCGCAUAUACACUCACUUCUACCCUCUGUUAGUCCUCCAGCCCUCCGGUCUUAAAAAGACGGGGGAACUUCACUUGGCAAUUCGCUUUACCUGCACUGCAUGGGUGAAUAUGGUAAGCCUCUAUUCAAGGCCAUUGCUACCUAAGAUGCACUAUGUUCAACCUAUUCCAGUCCGCCACAUCGAUUGGCUCCGUCACCAGGCAAUGCAGAUUGUGGCAGCACGGCUUGCACGUGCCGAGCCACCUCUCCGGAGGGAGGCUGUGGAGUAUAUGCUUGAUGUGGACUACAACAUGUGGAGUCUCAGAAGAAGCAAGGCCAACUUCAAUCGCAUAAUGUCACUGUUCUCCGGGCUAAUGGGAGUCGGCAUAUGGUUUGCUGAAAUCUGUAAUUGGAAGAACCCUGUGACAACAAUUCUAGUUCAUGUGUUGUUCCUGAUUCUGGUCUGCUACCCAGAACUGAUUCUGCCAACUAUCUUCCUCUAUCUGUUUGGGAUCGGGAUAUGGAAUUAUCGAUUCAGGCCGAGGCAUCCACCCUAUAUGGAUGCUCGCCUAUCACAUGCGGAGCGAGCUCAGCCAGAUGAGCUGGACGAGGAAUUCGACUCAUUCCCAUCGUCACGGCCGGGGGACAUCGUGAGGCGGAGGUAUGAUCGGUUGAAGAGUGUGGCAGGGAGGGUGCAGACUGUGGUUGGGGACCUGGCAACACAGGGUGAGAGAGCUCAUGCUUUACUAAGCUGGCGUGAUCCGAGAGCGACGGCAAUCUUCAUCUUCAUUGCAUUGGUUUGGGCAAUUUUUCUGUAUGUUACGCCUUUUCAGGUCGUUGCGGUGCUAGCGGGGCUCUACCUGUUACGGCAUCCCAGGUUCAGGGGCAAGAUGCCCUCUGUACCUUUCAAUUUCUACAAGAGGUUACCUGCCAAGACAGACAUGCUUCUCUGAGAAUAAGACUUGUUUGCAAACAAGUUACAAUUAGGUAGUUAAUUCUCCAGUCUCCAGCCAUCAGCCACUCAUUUUAAGUUUAAUAACAAGGACAAAGAGCCUUUACAACCAACUCUCCCACUCAAGAGAGGAAUUUCAACAUUUCCUUAAUAUGCACAUCCUUUUCUUUUCUCUUUUACCAAUGAAACCAAUUCUUCUUUUUGGCUCA